CAGGGUUACAGAAGUGCUGAAGCUCUUGAGGAACACUCGUCCUCCUCCCGUACGUUCUGCUCUCCCGAGAACCCGACUCACCCGGCAGGAUGAACGCUGUGCAGCUUCUCGCCUGUGGACUUAUCCUGAGCCUCCUGGCGGUCAGGACGGACGCCAGACCCUCGCUUUCCACCAAGGCUCUGGAGGCCAUGCUGGGAGAAGAAGUGGCCAACUUCCUGGCGUCCGGCGACCGCGGGACCCGCACGAUGAGAGGACUGGCGAUGGACGCCCGCGCCAGGGGGAUGUGGGCGCGGCUCAUGAAUGACCAGGGCGGCUCACGGAAGCAGAAAUCCGGAACCAAGAAAGGAGCCGGAACCACCAGGAGCGGCUGCUUCGGCCACAAGAUGGACAGGAUAGGAACCAUCAGCGGGAUGGGGUGCCAGCCGGCGUACUACCCGUCCACCAACAACCUCUCAUGAGUUCCGCCGGGACGACACGGACAUUUCGGACAUUGUUGAAUUUCUCGUUUGGAGGAAAAGCCUUUAAAAAAAAAAGCCGGAUUUUUCGGUACAGAAGCCGCCGUGAGCAGCGUUCAUCAUCCUGGACAAACGUCAUCAACAUCAUCAUCGUUAAGAGAGAAAAACGUCAUGCACACAAACAUCGACCCGGCGGGAAAAUAAAACGCAAAAAAACCCACAAAAAAAAGGCGACGCUGUAAAUUGUUGCUGCUGCUGCUGUACAUUCACGUACUUCAUUCUGCAUAAAUGUAUUUAUGUUUAAAAAAAACUAUUUAUAUGUUUAUAAAAAGAGAUAUUUAUAAAUCUGAGUUUUAUUUAUGUAACAUUUUUAAAUGAAUGCAAAGCUGCAGGCCGAUUCUGUUUGUAACUUCCUUUUGUCUCAUAGAUGUAAAUGUUUCAAAAAAAUUAUUAAAAAAAA